GAUGUCCAUUUCCAUUAUUUUUUCUUUCAAGACUUUUUUAAGCACCAUUUUUUCAGUUAACUAGUGUAAAAACUAUAACCGGAGUUUUGAUUUUUCGUAAACAACGGUUGUUCACGACGCUAUCGACUGAUUAGUGAUUUAGGCUAAGCUCUAAGGACAGAACUUGAUUGAACGCUAGCAAAUAACGAUUGCUGAUAGAUCUAGAUCUACCUCACUCGUUUGAAGGAAAUUUCUAACAUGUUACACAUGAAUCUUUGUGCUCUAAUUUUAAUUGUUAUAACUGCAAAUUUUGCAUCUGGAGAUAACAAGAAGUUGAGGGAACUAAUGGAGGAAAAAGCAAGAGAACAAGGGAUUGACCCCAACAAUCUUAGACCUGGAGAAACAUUCAUGAUUCCUCCAGAAUUAUCCGAUGAAGAGGAGGGAUCUCAUCAUAUGCCUCAAGCUCAUCGCUGUGAUGGCUGCACUGCCGUUGCAUUUCAACUUGAUAGAGCAUUCACUAAAGCCCACAAGCAAGUGAAAAAAGGAGCUUUGCUGUCUCUAGCUGAUGUCAUUGAUGUAACAGAGCUAGUGUGUGACAAAAGAAUGAAAGACUAUGGCCUAAAAAAUGUCAAUGAUGUCAAGAUGUUGUCUGGCCCUGGCCUGAAAAAUGAGAACACACCUGGCAUAGUGGAGGCUGGUGGCAAGUGGGAGAACAGACUCUCCAACCUGUGCAAGGAGCUGAUAGAGAAGUACGAGGAGGAGGGCAUCUAUGAGUUCUACAGGAAGAAGGGAGACAACAAACUGGCCGCCUCACUGUGUAAAACAUAUUGCAGCAAACAACAGAUUCAACAGCUACAGAAAGAUGAAUUGUGAAACUUCUCAUUAGUCACUCAACUCAUUAGCUUGAUGAGUCACAGAUGAUUAAACCACAAGUGUGUCAUGUACAGGAGGAAAUAUGGAGCUGAUAAGUUUUGAUCAAUCAAAAAAGUUUUUAUCAAUCAAAAUUUUUUUAUCUUCUGCAGCCGUUGUAUGGCUUUUUAAAAAUCAAAUUUUUUCUGUGAUGUUAUUGGUAUCAUGUUUUUUAUGAGGAGAAUCUUCACAUUUUUAACUUCACACUGAUCUUCACAUUUUUAACUUUACUUCACAUUGAUCUUCACAUUUUUAACUUUACUUCACACUGAUCUUCACAUUUUUAACUUUUCUUUAGGAUUUUAACUUGUGAAUGUUUUAAAUUGAAACUAUGGUGUGACUGUUUAGAGAUGUGUGAUGGUUGUAUGUGGUUGACAUUAGAGAUGUGUGAUGGUUGUAUUUGGUUGAUAUUAGAGAUGUAUUAUGGUUGUAUUUGGUUGACAUUAGAGAUGUGUUAUGGUUGUAUUUGGUUGACAUUAGAGAUGUGUUAUGGUUGUAUUUGGUUGACAUUAGAGAUGUGUUAUGGUUGUAUGUGGUUGACAUGUAGGCCAAUGUUUGGUGAAGACCAAGUGACCCAGAAAAAUCUGUUUUGUCUUUUUGUGUUUGAUGAUGGCAUCAUUGAGAGAUAAUUAAUGAUGACACCCAACGAGAGAUAAUUAAUGAUGACACCCAACAAGAGAUAAUUAAUGAUGACACCCAAUGAGAGAUAAUUAAUGAUGACACCCAACGAGAGAUAAUUAAUGAUGACACCCAACAAGAGAUAAUUAAUGAUGACACCCAAUGAGAGAUAAUUAAUGAUGACACCCAACAAGAGAUAAUUAAUGAUGACACCCAACGAGAGAUAAUUAAUGAUGACACCCAACGAGAGAUAAUUAAUGAUGACACCCAAUGAGAGAUAAUUAAUGAUGACACCCAACGAGAGAUAAUUAAUGAUGACACCCAAUGAGAGAUAAUUAAUGAUAACACCCAACGAGAGGUUCUAUUGACCUACUUUCUGUGAUAACUAAAUCCAUCUGUGUCUUUAACAAUUGAAAACAUUUCACUACUAGUGCUAGUGACUAGCAUUUGUAAUUGACCCUGAGACCAAUGAGUAUACAACUUGAAUGGGGGUCAUAUACUGAACAGAGUCAUGUAUCAAAUCUCCUGGCCCAUCAUGUUGUGCUGUAGGUGGGUGAACUAACUGGUAGAUUGUUCCUCUUGCUCGUCAGUUAUUUAUUAUGUUCAUUCUGUUGGAAAUGUUGGGCUGUAGGUGGGUGAACUAACUGGUAGAUUGUUCCUCUUGCUCUUCAGUUAUUUAUUAUGUUCAUUCUGUUGGAAAUGUUGGGCUGUAGGUGGGUGAACUAACUGGUAGAUUGUUCCUCUUGCUCUUCAGUUAUUUAUUAUGUUCAUUCUGUUGGAAAUGUUGUGCUGUAGUGGCUGAACUAACUGGUAGAUUGUUCCUCUUGCUCGUCAGUCAUUUAUUAUGUUCAUUCUGUUGGAAAUGUUGUGCUGUAGUGGCUGAACUAACUGGUAGAUUGUUCCUCUUGCUCUUCAGUUAUUUAUUAUGUUCAUUCUGUUGGAAAUGUUGGGCUCAUUAUUUGGUUCUAACUACACAUUUUUGACUUUGAUAACCAAAUCUGUUGGCCACCAUUUGUAAAGUCUGCUGCUAGCAUGUGCCUUGUAAACAAGUUAGUUGUUGCCUUGUUUGUAUACUGCUGAAAUCUGGAGCUUCUGACUAGAUUGUCUCCCUUGUUCUAUAAACUGCUGACAGAAAUGAUUUGUUUCCCUUGAUCUAUAAACUGCUGAUAGGAAUGAUUUGUUUCCCUUGAUCUAUAAACUGCUGACAGAAAUGAUGUCAAAUGAUUCCCUCUAUCAUUCCAUUGUGUCCCAUGGGUUGAAUGAUGUACAUUUGCUGUUGUUUGUAGUUUGCUGGUUUAUAUUUAAAGCUAGAUCUGAAUUUUCUGCAUUUUUUUUUUUUGCUUACUUAAAAAAAAUUGUUUUACAUUUUAUAUCUGGUUGCCAUUGUUGUAUUAAAAUGUUUGACAUUUUUAUCUUU